AUGACCGCGUUACAGGAGCUAGUCUCAUUUGAACAUUUAUCUGUGGACUUCACUGAGGAGGAAUGGCAACUGCUGGACCCCUGUCAGAAGGACUUGUACAAGGAUGUCAUGUUGGAGAACUACAGCAGCCUCGUGUCACUGGGGUAUGAAUUCCUGAAACCCAAUGUCAUUUUCAAGUUGGAGCGAGGAGAAGCACCGUGGAUAGAAGAUGGAGACGUCCCAGGUUCAGACUCUCCAGAACAAGACUUUGAAGUAAAUAGUCACAUGAUGUGGAACCAGCAUAACCAAGUAAAGCCUAAAAAUACGAAACAAGAUUAUGAAUGUGAUGCAUUUGGAAAGAAUUUUAAUCUGAGCAUAAACCUUGUUCCUUUAAGGAAAUCAAACAAUGAAGGUGAUGAUAUAGAUGGAUUAACUUUAAAACAUCAUUUAGGUUUAAUUCUUCCAAAAGCUGAUUAUGGAAAAAUAGAAAGAGAUGACUUAAAUAUAUUUGAUAAAUUGUUUCUCCAUACCAAGCCUGAGGAAACUGAUACUUGGUUAAAACACUGUAAGUGUGAUAAAUAUGAUAAUGUUAACUAUAAGAAGUCACAGAUUAUCAUAUAUCACAGAAAUCGUUUGGGGGAGAAACUGUAUGAAUGCAGUGAAUGUAGGAAACGCUUCAAUAAGAAAUCAAGUCUCAUUAAGCACCAGAGCAGACAUAUAAGUGAGAUAGCCAUUGGCUCUGGUAAAUGUGACAAAACUUUCCCACAGAAGUCACAGUUCAUUACACAUCACAGGACUCAUACAGGAGAGAAACCUUAUAAUUGUAGCCAGUGUGGGAAAGCCUUCUCCCAAAAAUCACAGCUCACAUCCCAUCAGAGGACACAUACAGGAGAGAAACCAUAUGAAUGUGGUGAAUGUGGUAAAACCUUCUCCCGGAAGUCACAUCUGAUAUCACAUUGGAGAACACACACAGGAGAGAAACCCUAUGUCUGCCAUGAAUGUAAGAGGGCCUUUAGUGAAAAGUCCAAUCUUAUUAAUCAUCAGAGAAUCCAUACAGGAGAGAAACCUUUUGAAUGCAGAGAAUGUAGAAAAGCUUUUAGCAGGAAGUCACAACUCGUUACACAUCACAAGAUUCAUACAGGAACAAAACCUUAUGGAUGUAGUGAAUGCAGAAAAGCCUUCUUUGAGAAAUCAGAGCUUAUGAGACAUCAGACAGUUCAUACUGGAGAGAAGCCCUAUGCAUGCAGUGAAUGUCAGAAAGCAUUCCGGGAGAGGUCAAGUCUCAUUAAUCAUCAGAGAACACACACAGGAGAGAAACCUCAUGGAUGCAUUCAGUGUGGAAAAGCUUUCUCCCAGAAGUCACAUCUGAUAUCACAUCAGAUGACACAUACGGGAGAGAAACCCUUUGUAUGCAUUAAGUGUGGGAGGGCCUUCAGCAGGAAAUCCCAGCUGGUUCGACACCAGAGAACUCACACGGGAGAAAAGCCCUAUGAAUGCAGUGAAUGUGGGAAAGCUUUCAGUGAAAAGUUAAGCCUCACUAAUCACCAGAGAAUUCACACAGGAGAGAAACCCUAUGUGUGCACUGACUGUGGGAAAGCCUUUUGUCAGAAGUCACAUCUCGUAUCACAUCAGAGGACACAUACAGGGGAGAAACCCUAUGAAUGCACUGAAUGUGGGAAAGCCUUUGGAGAGAAGUCAAGUCUUGCAACUCAUCGGAGAACCCACACGGGAGAAAAACCUUAUGAAUGCAGGGACUGUGAGAAAGCCUUCGCCCAGAAAUCACAGCUUAAUACUCACCAAAGAAUUCACACAGGAGAGAAACCCUAUGAAUGCAGUCUUUGUCAGAAAGCGUUCUUUGAGAAGUCAGAGCUAAUUAGACACCAGAGAACUCAUACAGGAGAAAAACCGUUUCAAUGCAGUGAAUGUCAAAAAGCCUUCAGGGAGAAAUCAAGUCUCAUCAAUCAUCACAGAAUACAUACAGGAGAGAAACCGUUUGAAUGCAACGAUUGUGGCAAAGCCUUCUCCCGGAAAUCACACCUGAUACCACACCAGAGGACACACACAGGAGAGAAACCCUAUGGGUGCACUGAAUGUAGGAAGGCAUUCUCUCAAAAGUCACAGCUGGUUAACCACCGGAGAAUUCAUACCGGAGAGAAACCUUAUCAAUGCAAUGACUGUGGGAAAGCCUUCUCCCAAAAGUCACAGCUCAUUAACCAUCAUAGAACUCAUACCAGAAAGAAAUCAUAG